AUGCCGGUGCCCACCAAAGGCGCUGUCACCGCCCUGCGCGAGUGGACGGCGCAGAGAAAAGACAGCGACGGGCUCAUGAGGUUACAGAGAGAGAGGGAGAGAUCCCUCGCUGAUCAGCGUCACGGACACAACGGGCGGAACCUGGCACCAUGCCCUGCCCAGGGCCAGGGGCUCCUGCCUGCCCCUUCCUGGGGCCCUGCUGCUCAGCCCAGCCACAGCCGUGGGCACGUGGCCUUUGUCCCUGCUGGGAUCAAGGCUGCAGAGGCAAGUAAAAGCGACAGGGCAAAUGGAAGUGACAUUUGGUGUUCUGACUGCAACAGGGAUUUGUCCUGCAAUGAGAUCGUGUCCAUUGAGGAACGGGCUUUUGAGCCACUGCCUUUCCUGAAGCUUCUAAACCUCUCUGGGAAUGGCCUCACGCACAUCCCCAGCGGCACUUUCCAGGCCUGGCAUGGGAUGCAGUUUCUCCAGGAGCUGAUCCUCAGCUUUAACCCGCUGGCUGUCAUUGCUGACCCUGCCUUCUUCAAGCUGCCCUUGGUGAGCUCUCUAGACCUGAGUGGCACCCAAGCGACUCCACAGAUGCUGCUGCUGCUCCUGCAGACCACACUGAGCUUGGAAACCCUCCAAGUGCCCAAGGAGGUGGCCUGCUGCCUGUGCCAGGAGCGUCCCCUCCCCGAGAGCCCGUGCAGGAGCAUCCAGUUCCUCUGUGAGAAGCUGUGCAGCAGCAGCGCCCCGCAGUGCGGUUGGUGUCCGGAGGGGCUGGGGGGGAGCUCAAAUCUGCCACUUCUCUUGAGCCUGGGGAGAUGCUGCAGCACUGCCCCGUCUUGGGGGGGCCUGAUCUCCUCUUGGAGUGCAGGACUGGGACAAAACACCUCGGCUCACACAAGUCUGCUACAGACACGGGCAGAAAUAAUGGACAUGGAACAACCCAGGAAGCUGAACACCAGCCCAGUGUUGAGCCUCAAGCCCAAGGAGCCUUCACUGGGAGGUCAUGGAACUGUAACACUUGCGGUUGCCCUGACCCAGAGCAAUGAGGGUGAUGUCAGCAGCCUGGACAAUUCCAGAAGCACUUCAUAUCCCCCUCAGCAUCUCUUGGGGCACAAAGGCAAAACAAGUGUUGAUGGCCUGAGGUCCAAGCUCAAGAAGAAGCUGCUCAAGAAGAAGCUGCUCAAGUCUAAGAGCAUCAAGACUCCAAAAAGCCUUGUCCCACACCAGCCCCAGCCUGCCAGGCUGAAGGAUGUGGUGAAAAAGGCACCCUCAAGCUGGGAUCACAAGCAGCAGGGCUCACGUUUAAACUGGCAAGCAUUGAACCCUUGGGAUGUAGGUGGUGCGUUAAACCCCACCCAUGACAAGUCUGCUGACAGACACCUCAGAGAUGAGGUGGAAGAUGAAGCUGCAAGGCAGAACUAUGGCAGUACUCACAAACAGCCAAAGAAGGGGGACAGCCAGCACUGGGUUGGACAUAAUCAGCUUUUCUAUGAGACGUUGAGCCCUGUGCAAGCAGAGGGACAGCCCAGAGCCACCCCCGUCAAAGCCGAGCAGCUUCUAAACAGGAACCUGGAUUUUCUCUCUGACCCGUUGGUUCAGAGCCGCCCCGCUGUGAGCAGCAGAGGAGUGGCCACGGCUGAAAGGGAGCAUUCCUCUCUAGGCUGGCACCCUCUGAUCAUCCCUGACACCACAGAGGAGGCAGACUCCAUGUUCCUCAAUAAACCUCGGAGGGCCCACAGUCCACACCUUGCGCCAGUUCCAGGGGAACUCUUGGAAACUACAGUCAGUCAUCACCUGCGCUUGCUGGUGCCAGACAAAGGCCUGCAGAGGUUCAUGGCUCACAUGGAGCGAGCCCUGAGGAUGGACUGCAGCCUGCCCCAGCUGAAACAUGCCUGUGCCAAGAUGGUCUCGAAGACCAGGCUGCUUCUAAAGGUGCUCAUUGAGAGGCAAGAGAACAAGGGAGCUUCUGAUUACAUUCACCAGUGCCAUCUGCAAGAGCAUAUCUCCAGAUCUAUGACCUUGGGGGAAGACAAUGAACUUGCAAAGAAGAAAGCACAGGAGUCAGAGGUUAAGUUUGUGAUUUUAUUAUCCCUCUGCGUUAUCAUUGGUGUGAUGCUGAAAGUCUUCUUCCAUCUGGAGGGCCCAGGUGAUGAGCCCCAGGUGCCACUGCAGAUGCUCCUGCACGUGCUGGGUACCACAGGAGAUGUUUUUCCAAGCCUGGAGCUUGUGGCAGCUUCCACAGAACCCGGCUCAUGCUGUGCCCCCUUCAAGAAGUUUGAAUUGCGUCGGAAGCUUUAUGAAGCCCAGAAAUCAGCAUUCUAG